CUGGCUUCAAGGGACCCUUCUGCGAUCAAGGGCAAGUAAUGACGCCCAACUAUCCAACUCUGACACCAGGAAACCGUGCCAAUGUUACCUUCGUCUUCAGCUCCCCUACUAAACCAGUCGUAUUUACUCCUUUGUCAAAUAAAAUCUUAUUCAACCCGAGUUCUUGUCUCAUCGAUCCAAACAAGACGAAGAAUGGAGAACCUUUUGUAACUAUAAAUAUGACUGUCUCUUCUGUUGUCAUUGGUGAUCAUCUUGUGAAAUACAGUCUUUCUGGACCGGACAGCUAUAUUUACAACAUGCCUUCUCCCGAUGUGGUAUCAGUUGUAGGGCACAACUCUUCUUGUGGUUCAAACCAAACGUUUCCAAAGGGAUGCUACACACUUGAGUAUCGGGAAUGCACCGGGAUAAAUGCUAGUGUUGUUCUGUAUUCCACGUCCCAAUGGAAAUACAUUGGAAAAGGUAUUGCUACAGAUGGGAUCGUAAGUCUAAACAACCUCCCAGUUUCAACCUCAGGAAUAAACCUUCCAAGUGGGAAAGCCAUUCAAGGAUCUUCAGUGACAUCUUGCUCAUCGGAUUCGUCAAAAUCCAAAUGCUCUUUGUCAAGUAUUUUUGCGACACAAUUUCUCCACUCAGUUGGUACGAGUUUUCCAUCAUGGUUUGGUAUUCGCACUACGCGAACAUCUGACUACAACAUUAAUGACGUACAGACAUAUCUCUGGACGGGCAAGCAGCUGCUCAGUGUUAUUGGGAAUGACAAAGUUACCGUCGGAGCUGAUAAGCUGUUCUCUGUAUUACUUAUUACCGAUGAAACAAUACUACAAGUCAGGCAAAGUACUUUACGUCUUUCACCAUCGACGAAGUCCAAACCCCAUGUGGUUGCAGUUGAACUCUGCUCAAAGACAGAGAGACCGAAUGUGAUCGUGGCCUUGAGUUUACUCUCUUUCUAUCAAAUACAAACCAUGGACAUGCAGAAGAUAUUUGGUUCAUCGGGUUGGCAAUUGUCGUUUAUUUAUGUGCAAUUCUCUUUGGACAAAACCAUUUCACGCAGUGAAUUUUUGGAUUCACAGCAACCGCUUGUCGGUAAUUUGGAACUAUUCGGUGGUUUAAACGCCACAUUGAAGAAUAAUGAAAGCAUUGUUGUCAGAGGAAGCACACUUUUUGAUGCAGAUAUAGAAAAGUUGUCCAAUGCCUUACCUUCCCAAUGGCAAGCUGAUGUACGAGGUGCUAUUACCAUAUCCAUGUUUGUAGACUAUCAGUCUGGACCUGAACCUUUGAUAAUAGAAUUCUCCAAAAUUAAAUCAAGUAUUAAGCAUCAAGAGUCGUUGGUUGAUACAAACAGUGGAUGCAGACAAGAUGGACAAACUAAUAUGCUAAUCAAGGGCUUGUUAAAUGGAAAAACCUUGAACUCAAGUACUAUUUCCUCGUACCUUGAGGUGACCGACAACAUGCAGGCGUUUGCAUCCAUCAACAUGAAAAAGAACCAUUACAACUUCAAGCACAAGGAGAACGAUACCAAUAAUAAUGGCACCAAUAAUAAUGGCCCCAAUAAUAAUGGCACCAAUAAUAAUGGCACCAAUAAUAAUGGCACCAAUAAUAAUGGCACCAAUAAUAAUGGCACCAAU